AUGAGGGAAGCUGCUCUGGGUCCUCCUGAGCUGAUGGAUCUGCCCCAGGAGGCACCCAGCCUGGACCAGCAGGGCGUGAGGAAGAUGUUGAAGCUGCUGCUGCUGCUCAGCCUGCUGGCCCUGGCCCAGUGUGGGGUGUACAGGGUGCCCCUGUGGAGGGGCAAGUCCCUGAGGCAGAUCCUGGAGGAGAAAGGCCUCCUGGAGAGCUACCUGCAGAAGAACCAGGCCAGGCUGAGGGGAAAGUUUGCUGACAAGGAUGGGGACUACGAGGCAAUGCGCAACUACAUGGACAACGAGUACUACGGUGCCAUCUCCAUCGGGACCCCCUCGCAGGUUUUCACUGUCAUCUUUGACACUGGCUCCGCCAACCUCUGGGUGCCCUCCACCUACUGCAGCAGCCCUGCCUGCGGCAACCACAACCGCUUCGACCCAAACAUGUCCUCCAGCUACGUGCCCACCAACGGGACUCUGAACAUCACCUACGGCACGGGCAGCAUGACAGGGCGCCUGGGCUACGACACCCUCACCGUCUAUGAGAUCACCGUCACCAGCCAGAUCUUUGGGCUCUCUGUCACCGAGCCCGGGGACAUCUUCACCGACAGCCCCUUCGACGGCAUCAUGGGGCUGGCUUACCCCAGCAUCUCUGCCUCCCAGGCCACCCCUGUCUUUGACAACAUGAUGGCACAGAACCUGGUGGCAGAGAACCUCUUCUCCGUCUACCUGAGCAGGGACGGGAAGGAUGGCAGCUUCAUCCUCUUCGGUGCCAUCGACUCCAAGUACACCACCAACGGCAUCACCUGGAUCCCCCUCUCUGCCCGAACCUACUGGCAAAUCAGCAUGCAGAGAGUCACCAUCGGCAUUUUCACCGUCGGCUGCCAGAUGGGCUGCCAGGCCAUCGUGGACACGGGCACCUCCCGCAUCGUGGUCCCCAAGGCAGACCUGGCCACCAUCCGCGUCAUCCUCGCUGCCGACUCCAACGGCCAGGUCAGCUGCGCAGUCACCCCCUUGAUGUCCGACGUUGUCUUCCACAUCAACGGCAAUGCCUUCCACCUGUCAGCCAAGAGAUACGUGAUCAAGGUGGACGGCUCCUGCAUCCUUGGCUUCGAAAGCAUGGACAGCAACUUCUGGAUCCUGGGGGACGUCUUCCUGCGCGAGUACUACAGCAUCUACGACAGGCAGAACGACAGGGUGGGGCUGUCCAGGGUGCCCUGAGCCGCACCGAGAGCCAGCAGCAUCUCCUGCUGUGCCCAGCUCGGCGGCUGGCAGCACACAGCCUGCCCCAGCGCCCCCGUUCCCCGCGCAA